AUGUCCUCAGCAGAAGGUGACGUCAAAGCUGCGAUCUCCGAUGCAAAAAUCGCUACUGAAGCAGCACCGCCGGGUAUGAAUUCGAUUACUAAUACCGUUGGAAUGCAUCCGAGUUCAGGAGAAGGAUUAACUCCGCCAUUACCAAACAUUGCUCGACGAGGAAGUUGUGAUAAACCAGGAUGUACAGCUGAACAUAGUGGAAAACCUCAUGAAUAA